UUAGGAAUCUCACCUUUUAAUGUCUUUAUCAACAUGGUCGCUUUUAACAUGUUAUGGAAGCUCUGCGUAGUUGUGGCCUUCGGGCUCUCUGCCACAGCUAUCUCUACUGAUGUAGCCCAGGAGCAACCCAAGAAGGAAGCAUUAGACAUCGGAAUCUCUGGUAAGGAAGACCAACAGGCCACUGAACUUGUCGAAGUAACGGAACCAACGAAGACUGAUAUUGAAAAUCAAACUGAGACUGUAGAGCCACCAAAAUCCUCUCUUGAAUGGUAUUCGUUACACAAGCGGGCAACAGAACUUAACUGUGUUUUAUGUUGCCGAAAGCUGUUGAAGAAGUUCUUCCAAAAGAACGUAAAAAGCAAUAGCCCCCGCAUUAAUAAAAAGUACUAGGGAGUUUUUUCAUUGAGUGAAGACGAGCGGAGGUGAGGG